ACCGCGAAAAUAAUUUCCCGCCGAUCUACACAGUUCCUGUUAACAAACUCGCGCUACAAAUUUACCUUUCUGUAAAUUUCGCCUUCAGAUCGUUUUUGCAGUACACGAAGAGCGUGGAAUAAGUAAGCCAUGGCUGCUCUUACCGAAAUUUUUACCAGUAAUUACGGAUGGAAGAUAUUUGCUAUUAUUUCUAUAAUAUACGCGGUGUAUAAGUUUCUGGAAAGAAGGAAACAGAUUUUUAUCGCUUUUAAAAACACGGAAUUUUACUGCCAUUUUUUGACGUGGAAACUGGCGUUGAAAGUCGUCUUAUCCAGGUUUGAUUCGUUACCGAUUGUAGAGAUGUUGAAUCACGUGUACGAGAAAGGAUAUUUCGCUUUUAAUUUCAUAGUCAUCAAAUAUAUGAUUUUAUUUAGUCCGGAUCACAUUCAGGUAUUAUUGAGUGACUCCGAAUGUAUUAAUAAAUCCAUUUUGUAUAAUGGAUUUAAAAACUGGAUUGAAGAUUCUGUCUUUAUGAGAAAUGACGGAGCUCAUAGAGAAAGGAAGAAACUAUUGUUACCCGCCUUUCGCCUAAAUGUGCUGCAUUCGUUUCUUCCCAUAAUCGAAAAUAAUGCCAGAGAGUUAGUUAAAGUGUUAAAGGAAAAUGAGAAAGUUUUCAUUGUACCCGCUAUCAAACAUUGCGGCUUUAACAUUUUGUACGAUACGGUUCUUGGAACGAAAGGCGAUUCUAUUUUUAGAAAGAGCAGUUCUUACCAUGCAAAAUUAAUAGAUGCGACGUUUCAUCCCGUAGCCGACAGAGCGAUUAAUCUUCUCCUUUUGUUCGACUUCUUGUUUUAUUUAACACCCAAAGGAAGAAAAUUUAGAAAGAACAAGAGAAUUUUAAGAAAAAUAACGAGACAGAUGAUCGCCGAAAAGAUCAAAUUGCGCGAAGGCGAAGAAAGCGGCAUGGAAAACAACGAAAACCCAAAAUCCAUAUUGGACUUCCUGUUGGAUGCGAGAGAUAACAACCCGGAACUGACGGUGGAAAGCAUCUGCGAAGAAAUCGAAUUUUUUCUGGGCGCCGCGUACGACACGACUUCGUUAACCGUCAGCUGGACGUUGUACUUAUUAAGUCAAAACGAAGAUAUUCAAAAGAAAGUCCACGAAGAGUUGGACGCCAUAUUUGGAACCGACACCGAUCGAUCAAUCACAAACGAGGAUUUAUACGAAAUGAAAUACAUGGAAUGCGUUAUAAAGGAGACCAUGAGGCUUUACUCACCCGCUCCUAUAAUCUCUAGGAAAGUCAACAAAUCUAUAGUUUUUGGAGAUAAAGUCUAUUCCAAAGACUGGAUAUUUGUUGUUUCCAUCUUCCAUCUUCAUCGCAAUCCGAAUGUCUACGAAAAUCCUAAUAUUUUCGACCCGGAUAGAUUUCUUCCCGAAAAUUCUUCCAAACGCAAACCUUACUCCUAUAUUCCAUUUUCGGCGGGUCCCAGGAUGUGUCUGGGAUAUCGCUUGGCCAUGAUGGAAAUUAAGCUGAUUCUGGCAACUAUCUUAAGAAAUUCGAAGGUAGAAUGCGGGGACGAAACCAUUUCACUCUACUUCAGAAUUACUCUUAAUCCUAGUCGUCCACUCCAACUCAAAUUUAAACCCAGAAAAACAUAAGUUUUCCCUACAUUUAAUUGUGCCGUAGAAGUUUUCGAGUAUUUGUUAUCGUUUAAAGUAUUUCCUAUUUUGCAUUACGUUCCAAAUGAAAAUGCUUUCGCACUUUGUAAUUAAUCGCAACGGCACGAAUAAAUGAAAUUUCACCUAUUCCGCGCGGAGUCCACAGACUAUUUUCGUAUCCAACACCGGGUAGAAUUAGAUGAAAAACUUCAAAGCACUAAUUUUGGUUUAGAACUUUUAAAAUUCUUCUCUAACAAACAGAACUUGGAAAUUCUUAUUGUUUUUUAUUCUCCGAGUAUAAUUUUAACGAAUAAAAUGUUGCUGAAACUCAAUGGUUCGAGCAAUCGAUCAGCCUGGAAAUAUUUUAUUCCUUAUCUUUUUCUCAAAAAUAUAAAAGGAAAUGAUCUUCGAUCGUCGGAGUCGCAUCUAUUAAUAUAUCUAGGAGAAGGAUGAUUGGCCGCACUCGGUGGUAUAGCCAAUGGGAAGGAAGGAGAAGGGGGAAAAGGAGAGAGGAAGGGAGGAAAAGUGGAAUGGGUAAAAAAUAAAGAACCUCGGCCACCCCAUUCCGAUUAUUAUACCAUAUACUUAUUUAAAUCCCGCGCAGGGGUGAGUAUUAUCAGAAGGUGUACAUUAAGAACUAAUUUUACAUAAGUAAUGCCCAUAUAUACGGAAUGAGGGGAAAAAACAGACAGUAUGCUUAAUCAAUAUUGGUUAGCUUAUUAUUGCAGUUUUUGUAGGAAUGAAGGUUCCCGUGAGCCUAUGGGUAGUUGAUUCUAGAAAUCCGGGUUUGGAAAUUGUGCAGGGUUUUAAUCAAGUUUAUCGUAGCCUUGUAGAUCCGAGAGUGUGGUAUGGCAGUACGGGCGUGGUUUGGUCUUAUUGGGAGCUUCCUUUGCUAAGAAACCAGCUCUGUCAUUCCAGAUAUUGUCGAAAUGUCCUUUUACCCGGUAGCAUCGAAUACUCAGGAUGUCCCGAUUGUGUAGUAAUAUUUUGACAGACUCAUUGAUAAUAGAGAGUUAUAACCGGAUCUCAUCGCUUUAUGUUAAAAAUUAUUGGCACAAAUAGAAUUCGAUGGCAAAGUUACAAAAUUUGCAACUGAAAACUUGGAAAACAUAAAUAAGUAGAAAUAAGUAGAAAUAAAUUUUUGAAAGAAUGUUCUGUUUUAGUGUUCUGUUUCACUUUAUUAUAAAAUCAGCUAAUAUUUUUUUCCCUCCGCAACUAGUUUUGUUUGUGAAUUUCGCUUUUGUUCUAGACAUAUAAAUUUAAACGAUAGGCCCCGGAAACUAUUUGCUCCAGGUCCUACGUAACCUACUCUUAAUCGGGCAAUUUCGGUUUGUUUAAUAUGUAGGGACUGAUGCCGUUUGAAAUAGCAUAAUCGAAAUCGUUUCAAUCGACACGAUUUCUCAUAAUAAACUGUAAAGCUAAAAGUAGGCUAAACUUCGCAUAGGUUAAUGGCGAAGUUGCCUUUUUCUUUACGCUACUGAAGAAAUUUACACACAUCAAUCUUCCUCUCUUAUCUUACGAAGUGUUAUUGUGAUUCGUAUAAUGGCAAUUCCGGUAUAGAGCUGGCUUCGGGGAGGAUUAGGACUCGCUUAUUAAUUUUAUUUGUUACCUUUUUCAUUUUAAGGAAUUUUCUUUUGUAACGUUACAGUCGGAGGCGUAAUCUCGGGUCAAUGACGACUUCAGCUAUUGUGUGUAAAAAUUAAAAAAAUAAAAACCAACUCCGAUAUAA